AUGCAUAACUUCCAAUCGAAGCCGUUGGAUUUCCUCCUCCAUCUAACUUACUUUCUUCUUCUACUCUUCCCUACCCUUUCUCAUGCCCAAUAUAUCAAUCGAAUCUGUUCAAAUAAAGCUAAUUAUACUGCUAACAGCCCCUUCGGAACUAAUCUCAACGAGGUACUUUCCGUUCUAAGUUCCAACGCUCGCUUCUACACCUACUUCUACGACAACAAGGGCGACGAUCCUGCAAUCGCCUAUGGUCUCUACCUCUGCAGAGGGGACAUCACUACUGACCUCUGCAGCACCUGCGUCAACCAGGCCAGUCAAGAAAUCAAACAGAAGUGCGGCAUGACGACAGAUGCAGUCAUAUGGUAUGAUUACUGUACGUUGCGUUACUCAGACCGUAGAUUCAGAUCUGUAUACGAUCCCACAUAUAAUUCUAUAGAUGUGUUUUUAUGGAAUGUGGCGGAUGCAUCGGACCCUCAACAGUUUAAAUCGACAUUGAACCGUUUGAUGAAGAAUAUUUCUUCUGUGGCUGCGUUCGAUCCUUUGGUUCGGAAGUUUGCAACUGGAGAAGCUAAUUCUACGAUCAAUCAGACAAUAUAUGGGUGUGUGCAGUGCACCCAGGAUUUAACUAAUGACGACUGCAACGCAUGCCUGCAAGAUGCUAUUUCUAUGAUUCCGAAGUGCUGUGAUGGAAAGAUAGGAGGGCGAGUUCUUGGUGCAAAUUGUAUUUUGAGGUUCGAGGUCUACCGCUUUUAUGAAUCUUCGGCUGCAGUUACACCAGCCGCUCCAUCACCUCCAACUACUACUGCUGGUAAGCAUCGUUUCUAAGAACUUCGCUAUUGUCACUUAUAAGAAUUUAUAAGAAUUUAGGGUUUAGGGCAUGUCAUUCGAGGAUCAGCCGAGUCAAGUUGAUUUAUACCUCCAACUUGGUUGAGUCACAACUCAACUCAGCACCAAAUGAGCCCGU